AUGUCAUUCAACUCUCGACUCGCCAAAAUCAGCUACAGGAGCAGACCCAGCCAGACUUCUGUGCCUGGAGAGUCUCACAAGGAGGUGCAGCAAAAAUUGAAAGAGGAGCGUGAAGCUAAGCGGGCCCAGCUGGAUGGAAGACAUGACUACAUCCUCAGCAUUGUGGCUUCAUGCCUUGGACUGGAGAAAGCUGAUGUGGAAGAUGCCAUACUGGAGGGAAAUCAGAUUGACCGCAUGGAGCAAUUCUUUGUUUCUGAGGGUCUUCCACACCUCAUGUUCUACUAUCAAGACACUGAGCCACUUGAAACCGCAGCAGCAGCAGCCUCUGCGCCCUCCCAGCAUGUCACCCAGCAGUCUGCUCACAGCAAAAAGCAUAAAGUGUUUGUGACAGACGGAAGGGAUGUGGCACUGACCGGAGUGUGUGUCUUUUUCACCAGAGCCAACACUUCUAAGACAAUCACCUCCGAGAACAUUCACAGAGAUGUCAAUUUCAAUAUGUUGGACACAACUGAAGGGGGUCUGUUAAAAAGUGUGGAGCAGUUACUCUCAGAGAUCUUCAUCCCCACACUCAGAAACAUGAACCACGGCUGGGGGGGGCUGGAUAGUCCCCAGGCCAACGCAGUCAAACAGGACUUCAUAUCAUCAUUGGACAGCUUUGUGUCUGUUCUGGCUGGAGCCCAGGAGAGCCUGCAAGAAAAGGUCAACCUGACAGAGUGUGACACAUUUGACCUUCUGGUGCUGAAAAGCCCAUCAGACUAUGUGGCUGCAGCCAAUAGCACAGAGACGACAGACAAGAUUGAGGCUUGCAUGAAGAUGUGGAUCAAACAGAUAGAACAGGUUCUUGCUGAAAGUGACCAACUGAGAAAAGCUGAUGACCUCGGACCUCGGGCUGAACUGGAGCACUGGAAGAGAAGAAUGUCCCGCUUUAACUACCUGCUGGACCAGCUGAAGAGGCCUGAUGUCAAGGCUGCACUUGGUGUGCUCUUGAUGGCCAAAUCGAAACUCAUAAAGUCGUGGCGGGAAUUGGAUAUCCGGAUUACUGAUGCAGCCAACGAGGCCAAAGACAAUGUCAAGUACCUCUACAGUCUGGAGAAGUUUUUUGACCCACUCUACAACAGCGACCCUGUAUCGAUGAUGGAUGCAAUCCCAGGUCUGAUCAAUGCCAUCAGGAUGAUUCACAGUGUUUCUCGCUACUACAACACAUCAGAAAAGAUCACACUGCUGUUUGAUAAGGUGACAAACCAGAUGAUCACCGCCUGCAAGGCCUACAUCACGAAUAAUUGCUCAAAUUCAAUAUGGGACCAGCCCCAACAAGUCGUCGUUGACAAAAUCAAAGCUGCUAUCAACCUAAACCAGGAGUACCAGCGGUAUUUCCGUAAAACCAAGGAGAAGCUGGAACAGACUCCUUCAGAGAGGCAGUUUGACUUUGGUGAGGUGUACAUCUUUGGGAAGUUUGACACUUUCCAGCGACGCCUCAACAAAAUCCUGGAAAUGUUCAGUACCAUCUCCACCUACUCCGCCCUGCAGGACUCGAAGAUAGAAGGACUGGAGACAAUGGCCACCAGGUUUCAAACUGCAGAAAUGCAGGCGAAAUGGGAGGCUAUUGUUCUUACCAUGAAGAAAAAACAUUACAGUUUCCUGGACCAGAGACGAGCUGACUUUGAUGUUGACUACGAGGAAUUCUGCAAAAGCACCUCGGAGCUUCAUGACCAGCUGAAGGGUUUCAUGGAUAGCAUGUUUGAAAAGAUUCAAAAUACAGAGAGAGCUCUAAAUGUGCUGAAGAAAUUUGAAAGAUUAGGGAUCCCAGACCUUGGCAUUGAUGAGAAGUAUCAGCGCAUUCUGCAGAACUAUGGCCGGGACAUUGAAAUGGUCUCUCGCAUCUACAUGAAACAGAAACUUGAUCCCCCUAUGGGCCGGGACUUGCCCCCUGUAUCGGGACGUAUCAUGUGGGCUCGACAGCUGUACAGUAGGAUCCAGGGUCCCAUGGACCUCUUUCAGAAGCAACCAGGAGUUCUUUCUACACCAGAGGCUAAGAGGAUAAUCAAGAAUUAUAACAGAGUUGCAAGGAUCCUGCUGGAGUUUGAGAUACUCUACCACCAAAGCUGGAUGACAGAGACGAAGGAUGCUCGGGUGGGCCUGCAGGCCUCUCUUCUGGUCAAGUCUCUAGAGACAGGGCUUCUGUUUGUCAACUUUGACCCAGAGAUUCUGACUCAGAUCAGAGAGGCCAACUGCAUGACAGAGAUGAAUUUGGAGAUCCCGCCCUUUGCUGCUCUUCUGCAGCAGAAACAGGAAACCCUCAAAAAGAACUACAACAAAUUACAGCUAAUUCUGAGUGAGAACACCAGAGUGAGGGCUAAGAUUCAGAGUGCCUUUGAACAACUGGCCACGCCGCAUGUAGCUAAGGUGGAUGAGGCUAUACAGCCGGGUUUAACAUCCCUCAACUGGACAUCCCUGAACAUUGACAAGUACCUCGACAACAUCGAAAAGGCUUUAGUCAACCUGGAGCUGUUGAUGGACCGGGUGAACGACUUGGUUGAGUUCAGGAUUGAUGCAGUAUUACAGGAGAUGAGCGAAUCCACCCUGUGUGUGUUACCAGAGGAUGAACCUGUCACAUGUGAGGAGUUUGUUAAAACCACACGGGACCUGUGCAUAAGACAAGCCCAGAGCCUCCACACUAAGAGCUCAUUGGUGGAGGAGGCUACAAAUGAACUGAUCGACAUGCUGCUGGAUUUUGAGCACAGUCGGAGAGGGGAGGUGGAGAAGACUGAAGAAGAAAGUUGUGCAGAAAGCAAGACUAUAGAUCAUAUUGACAGUGAAGGUGAAGAAGAGGGCCUCUCUGAGGGCCGCCUCUUCUCCAGAAAUACCCUGAUCAAUCCUGCCAGCGUUGGCCCUUCAUCUCCCCUGAUGAGGAAAAAGAAGAAGAGAGACCUGAUGGAGGUGAUGGAGGAGGAAGCCCAGCAGCUGCUCUCCUACUUCAAUCACCGCAACGUUGAUGCUUUGCUCAGAAUGACACGCAACACCCUGGAGAUUUUACGCAAGCGCAUCCACGCCUCCUCACUCAUACAUUUCUUGGCGGAAGGUGACUCACGAAGUCAGGGCAGAAGCAGCGGCCAGCAGGCAAUCUUCAGAGUCAGUGUGACUCUGUCCAUCCCUAACAUUGCUAUGGUUCCAGCACUUGAGGAGGUCCAGCAGGCUCUAAACAGGGCUGUAGAGUGUAUAGUUAGUGUCACCAAAGGAGUCAGCCAGUGGAGCAAGGAAAGGAUUUCCAAGAGAAAAAUGAAUGAAAGACGAAUGGCAGCUCUGAAACAGGACAGCUCUGAGAGUGAAUCAGAAGAUGGAGCAACAACGUACAGAAGCCUGGCUGAUGGCAGCACUUCAGACAUUUCAGCAUCUGUUUUCCACGCCAUCCAAUUUCAAGCUAGAAACUACUACAAGAGUGUGUCUGACAACAAAGAGAUAGCAAAGCUGGUGUCUGUUCUCAGCACCUCCAUCAGCUCCAUAAAAAAAGAAGUGAUGACUGCUCUGAACCGUUUUAGCCGUUACCAUCACAUCUGGAGAAAGGACCGUGAAGACACCAUGCAAAAAUUUAUUCAGGGCAGCCCCUUGCUAUCUGAGUUUGAGAGCCAGAUACUUUUCUAUCGAGAUCUGGAGCUGGAAAUCAACUCUGAGCCGGAGUACAUCAGUGUUGGAGCUUUAGCUCUUUUCACAGCGGACCUUAAGAUAUCUCUGACUGUUGAAACCAAGAACUGGAUGGUGGACUAUGGACUGUACUGUAACAGAAAAUAUAGCUCAGAGAUGGAGCAGAUCUUUGCCUUUGUUGAUGAAGCAGGAAAGAAACUGAAUCGGCAGAUCAAAGAUCUGGAUGACAUCCGCAUCGCCAUGGCAGCGCUAAAGGAGAUCAGAGAGCACCAAAUAUCUAUUGAUUUUCAAGUUGGUCCCAUAGAGGAGUCCUAUGCCAUGCUUCAUAAAUAUGAGCUGUCAGUGGCUAAAGAAGAGGCAGAUAAGGUGGAUACCCUGCGAUACACUUGGGAGAAGCUGCUGUCCAGAAGCACAGAGGUACAAAACGAGCUGGUGGCCCUGCAGCCCAACUUCAGAGGAGAGCUCAUCAGCAAUGUGGAGACCUUCCUGGAAGACUGUCAACACUUUUAUCUGGACUAUGACAAGGAUGGUCCCAUGGUGGUGGGUCUAGCUCCUCAGGAUGCCAGCGAUAGACUCAUCAUGUUCCAGAACCGAUUUGACAAUCUGUUCAGGAAAUACAUCACCUACACAGGUGGAGAGGAGUUGUUUGGACUUCCUGGUACCCAUCAUCCUCAGCUGUUGGAGAUCAGGAAGCAGCUGGCUCUGCUGCAGAAGUUGUAUGGCCUUUACAACAAUGUUAUCGAGACAGUAAAUGGUUACUAUGACAUUCUCUGGGCUGACAUCCACAUUGAGAAAAUCAAUAACGAGCUUCUGGACUUUCAGACAAGGUGUCGCAAGCUUCCUCGUGCUCUGAAAGAGUGGCAAGCUUUCCUCGACCUGAAGAAAACAAUCGAUGAAUUCAGUGAGUGCUGCCCCCUGCUGGAGCUCAUGACGAACAAGGCUAUGAUGACCCGCCACUGGAAGAGAAUUACUGAGGUGACUGGACAUAACUUUGAGGUGGAAAGUGAUACUUUCAAACUGCGUAACAUCAUGGAGGCUCCUCUGCUCCAGUUCAAAGAGGAGAUUGAGGAUAUCUGUAUCAGUGCGGUGAAAGAGCGGGAUAUUGAGCAGAAGCUGAAGCAGGUGAUCGCUGAGUGGGACAACAAGACUUUUACGUUUGCUAACUUUAAGACUCGUGGAGAACUGCUACUGAGAGGCGAUAGCACGUCUGAGAUCAUCGCCAGCAUGGAAGACAGCCUGAUGAUAUUGGGGUCUCUUAUGAGCAACAGGUACAACACCCCGUUUAAAGCCCAGAUCCAAAAGUGGGUUCAGAAUCUGUCCAACACUACUGAUAUCAUAGAAAACUGGAUGACCGUCCAAAACCUCUGGAUCUACCUGGAAGCUGUGUUUGUGGGCGGGGACAUCGCCAAACAGCUGCCUAAGGAAGCAAAGCGCUUUUCUAACAUUGACAAAUCAUGGGUGAAGAUCAUGAUGCGGGCUCACGAGAUGCCCAAUGUAGUCCAAUCAUGUGUGGGAGAUGAGACUAUGGGACAACUGCUCCCUCACCUCCUUGAACAGCUGGAGAUCUGCCAGAAGUCACUUACAGGCUAUCUGGAGAAGAAGCGUCUGAUGUUUCCUCGCUUCUUCUUCGUCUCUGACCCUGCUCUGUUGGAGAUCCUGGGACAGGCGUCUGACUCCCACACAAUCCAGGCUCACCUUCUCAAUGUCUUCGACAACAUCAAAUGUGUCAGGUUUCAUGACAAGAUAUACGAUCGUAUUCUGGCUGUGUCAUCACGAGAAGGGGAAACUGUGGAGCUGGAGCGUCCUGUCACAGCAGAGGGGAAUGUUGAGGUUUGGCUCAACGCUUUGCUGAAGGAAUCCCAGAGGUCUUUGCACCUGGUGAUUCGACAGGCUGCCCUGACCAUUCAGGACUCUGCCUUCCAGCUCGUCGACUUCCUGAAGUCCUUCCCUGCUCAGGUGGGCUUGCUAGGUAUUCAGAUGAUAUGGACAAGGGACUCUGAGGAGGCUCUGAACAAUGCCAAGUAUGAUCGGCGCAUUAUGGCCAAAACCAACCAGCUGUUCCUGGAUCUGCUCAACACACUGAUUGACAUGACCACAAGAGACCUGGGGACCGUAGAGAGGACAAAGUACGAGACCCUCAUCACCAUCCAUGUCCACCAGAGGGAUAUAUUUGAUGACUUGUGCCGGCUCCAUGUCAAAAGCCCCAGCGACUUUGAGUGGCUGAAGCAGUGUCGUUUCUACUUCAACGAGGACUCGGAUAAGAUGAUCAUUAACAUCACAGAUGUGGGCUUUGUCUACCAGAAUGAAUUCUUGGGCUGCACUGAAAGGCUUGUCAUUACGCCUUUGACAGACAGGUGCUACAUCACCCUAGCACAGGCUCUGGGUAUGAGUAUGGGGGGAGCCCCUGCUGGUCCUGCAGGAACAGGCAAGACAGAGACUACCAAGGACAUGGGCCGCUGUCUCGGAAAGUAUGUUGUAGUCUUUAAUUGCUCUGACCAGAUGGACUUCAGAGGCUUGGGAAGAAUAUUCAAAGGUCUGGCUCAAUCUGGAUCUUGGGGCUGUUUUGACGAGUUCAACCGCAUUGACCUCCCAGUUUUGUCGGUGGCAGCACAGCAGAUUGCGAUAGUUCUCACUUGCAAGAAAGAACGGCGCAAAAACUUUGUCUUUACAGAUGGAGACAAUGUGGACAUGAACCCGGAGUUUGGCAUCUUUCUCACCAUGAAUCCAGGCUAUGCAGGUCGCCAGGAGCUUCCUGAGAACCUGAAGAUUAACUUCCGCUCCGUGGCAAUGAUGGUUCCUGACCGUCAGAUAAUCAUCAGGGUCAAACUGGCCAGUUGUGGGUUUAUAGACAACAUGGAGCUGGCCCGCAAGUUCUUUACUCUUUAUAAGCUAUGUGAGGAGCAACUCUCUAAACAGGUUCACUAUGACUUUGGCCUACGAAACAUCCUCUCAGUGCUGCGAACACUGGGCGCGGCUAAACGAGCCAACCCCACUGACACAGAGUCCACCAUCGUUAUGAGGGUCCUGAGAGACAUGAACUUAUCUAAACUGAUCGAUGAGGAUGAGCCGCUCUUCCUGAGCUUGAUUGAGGAUCUCUUCCCCGGUAUCCAACUCGAUAAAGCCGGCUACCCUGAACUCGAGGCUGCCAUCGACAGACAGGUCGAGGAUGCAGGACUGAUCAGUCAUCCCCCCUGGAAGCUGAAAGUCAUCCAGCUGUUUGAGACACAGAGGGUCCGACACGGCAUGAUGGCCCUGGGGCCGAGUGGGGCCGGAAAGACGACUUGUAUACACACACUAAUGAGAGCUAUGACGGAGUGUGGUCAGCCUCACAAAGAGAUGCGCAUGAACCCCAAAGCCAUCACAGCCCCUCAGAUGUUUGGUAGACUGGACGUGGCCACAAAUGACUGGACUGAUGGCAUCUUCUCUACACUUUGGAGGAAAACACUGAGAGCAAAGAAAGGAGAGCACAUCUGGAUAGUCCUGGAUGGACCUGUCGAUGCCAUUUGGAUAGAGAACCUGAAUUCUGUAUUGGACGAUAACAGAACUCUUACGCUGGCAAAUGGAGACCGUAUACCCAUGGCUCCCAACUGUAAAGUGGUUUUUGAGCCACAUAACAUUGACAACGCCUCUCCAGCAACCGUCUCACGCAAUGGCAUGGUGUUCAUGAGCUCGUCCGUUCUCAGCUGGAGUCCAAUACUUGAGGCCUGGUUGAUUAAACGCUCCCCUCAAGAGGCGGAGGUGCUCAGGGAACUCUUCUCAUCUUCCUUCCCUGAGCUCUACCACUUCAGUGUGCAGUCACUGGAGUUCAAGAUGGACAUGCUAGAGGCCUUUGUCAUCGUGCAGUGCAUCAAUAUGCUUCAAGGACUUAUACCACCAAAGGACCAGUGGGGGGAUUUGUCCAGAGAGCAUUUGGAGCGGCUGUAUGUCUUUGCCCUGAUGUGGAGCGCUGGUGCCUUACUUGAAUUAGAUGACCGCAGAAAGAUGGAGGUCUGGCUCAGAGGGAACAGCAGCGUCUGUCUGAAUCUGCCAAACAUUCCUCCCGAGAGUGAGGACACCAUGUUCGACUACCACGUCACAGCAGAUGGUCUGUGGGUCCACUGGAACACCAGAGUGGAGGAGUACGUUUACCCCUCUGAAAUCACCCCAGAGUACAGCUCCAUCUUGGUCCCCAAUGUGGACAAUGUUAGAACAGAUUUCCUGAUUCAGACCAUCGCCAAGCAGGGCAAGGCUGUUUUGCUAAUAGGAGAGCAGGGAACAGCCAAGACUGUCAUCAUCAAGGGCUACAUGUCGAAGUAUGAUCCCGAGACCCACGUGGGCAAGAGCCUCAACUUCUCGUCUGCCACCACACCACUCAUGUUCCAGAGGUCAGUAGAGAGCUAUGUGGAUAAGAGGAUGGGAUCCACUUAUGGACCCCCUGCUGGGAAGAAAAUGUCCAUUUUUAUCGAUGAUAUAAACAUGCCUGUCAUCAACGAAUGGGGAGACCAGGUGACAAAUGAGAUUGUCAGGCAGCUGAUGGAGCAAAAUGGGUUCUAUAAUCUGGAGAAACCUGGAGAGUUCACCAAUAUUGUGGACGUUCAGUUUCUGGCAGCUAUGAUCCAUCCAGGAGGAGGCAGAAAUGACAUCCCUCAGAGACUGAAAAGGCAGUUCUCCAUCUUUAACUGCACCCUGCCCUCUAAUGUUUCCAUUGAUAAGAUAUUCGGUGUGAUUGGUGAGGGCCACUUCUGUGCACACCGUGGUUUCACUGCUGAGGUAAGGAGCACUGUCCCUCGCUUGGUGUCUCUGACCCGCCAUCUCUGGCAGUUGACCAAGGUCAAGAUGCUUCCAACUCCUGCAAAGUUUCACUACAUCUUCAACCUGAGGGAUCUGUCCAGGAUCUGGCAAGGCAUGCUCAACACCAAUGCUGAGGUGGUCAACUCUGUCCAGGUGCUACUGUCAUUGUGGAAGCACGAGUGCACACGCGUGAUAGCUGACAGAUUCACCAUGCCAGAGGACGUAGAGUGGUUCAACAAAGCUUUGCCAAAGCUGGUUGAGGAAGAGCUCGGGGAAGAGUACAAAAACCUAGUGGAAGUGGAACCAGACAGAUACUUUGUGGACUUUCUACGAGAUGCACCUGAGGCUACAGGGGAGGAGCCAGAAGAUUCAGACUUUGAUCUGCCUAAAGUGUAUGAGCCUAUGGAGUCAUUUGAGAGUCUGAAGGAGCGCCUGAAUUUGUUCCUGAGCCAUUAUAAUGAGAGCAUCAGGGGCACUGGCAUGGACAUGGUCUUCUUUCAAGAUGCUAUGAUUCAUCUGGUCAAGGUAUCGAGGAUAAUUCGGACACCCGGAGGAAAUGCCUUGUUGGUGGGUGUGGGGGGAUCUGGUAAACAGAGCCUGACCAGACUGGCAUCGUUCAUAGCUGGAUACAAAAUCUUUCAGAUCACUCUCACACGCUCAUACAACACAGCCAACCUGAUGGAUGACCUGAAGGCUUUGUACCGAACAGCUGGCCAACACGGGAAAGGCAUCAGCUUCAUCUUUACUGACAAUGAAAUCAAGGACGAGUCCUUCCUCGAGUACAUGAACAAUGUAUUGUCAUCUGGAGAGGUGUCUAACUUAUUUGCCCGUGAUGAGAUCGACGAGAUCCUCAGUGAUCUGAUCCCUGUUAUGAAGCGAGAGUUUCCCAGGCGGCCACCGACCAACGAAAACCUUUACGAGUACUUCAUGUCACGAGUCCGACAUAAUCUCCACGUUGUUCUGUGCUUCUCACCUGUUGGAGAAAAGUUUCGCAAUAGGGCGUUGAAGUUUCCGGCAUUGAUAUCUGGCUGCACCAUGGACUGGUUCAGUCGAUGGCCAAAAGAUGCUCUUGUUGCAGUGUCAGAGCACUUCCUCUCAGUCUUUGACAUUGAGUGCUCGGCUCAGGUUAAAAGUGAGGUGGUCCAGUGCAUGGGCUCCUUCCAGGAUGGUGUUGCAGAGAAGUGCGUGGACUACUUCCAAAGGUACAGACGAUCCACCCACGUCACACCCAAGUCCUAUCUGUCCUUCAUCCAGGGCUACAAGAGCAUCUAUAAGGAUAAGAGGUCUGAGGUCCAGACCCUGGCCAACAGGAUGAACACUGGUCUUCAGAAGCUAAAAGAAGCGUCAGAGUCUGUAGCAGCACUCAGCAAGGAGUUGGAGGUGAAAGAGAAGGAGCUACAGGUUGCCAAUGAUAAAGCUGAUAUGGUCCUGAAGGAGGUCACAGUUAAAGCCCAGGCAGCAGAGCGAGUGAAGGUGGAGGUGCAGAAAGUCAAGGACAAGGCCCAGGCCAUUGUAGACAGCAUCUCAGCUGACAAGGCCAUCGCUGAGGAGAAACUGGAGGCUGCACGACCAGCUCUUGAGGAAGCAGAGGCCGCACUGCAGACAAUCAAGCCGUCAGACAUUGCUACAGUUCGAACACUUGGUCGCCCCCCUCACCUCAUCAUGAGGAUCAUGGACUGCGUGCUGCUGCUCUUCCAGAGGCGGGUCAACACAGUGAAGAUCGACCCAGAGAAGAACUGUCACGCGCCGUCCUGGCAGGAAUCUCUCAAACUAAUGACAGCUGGAAACUUCCUGGGAAGCCUUCAGCAAUUUCCUAAGGACAGCAUUAAUGAGGAAAUGGUGGAGCUGCUGCUGCCUUAUUUUGACAUGCCCGACUACAACAUUGAAACGGCUAAGAGGGUUUGUGGCAACGUGGCCGGCCUUGCAUCCUGGACUAAAGCUAUGGCCUCUUUCUUCUCCAUCAACAAGGAAGUUUUACCCUUGAAGGCGAACUUGGCAGUGCAACAGAAUCGUCUGGCCAUCGCUAACGUGGACCUUCAAAAGGCUCAGGCAGAGCUGGAUGCCAAGCAGGCAGAGCUGGAUGUGGUUCAAGGGGAGUAUGAGAAGGCCAUGAUGGAAAAACAGACGCUGCUGGAGGACGCUGAGCGCUGCAGACGCAAGAUGCAGACGGCGUCCAGUCUCAUCAGCGGGCUUGCUGGUGAAAAGGAGCGAUGGACAGAGCAGAGUAAAGAGUUUUCUGCCCAAACCAAACGCCUUGUUGGUGACGUUCUUCUGGCCACAGCCUUCCUCUCUUACUCCGGCCCCUUCAAUCAGGAGUUCCGUAAUCAUCUUCUAAGUGACUGGCAGCGGGAGUUGAAGCAGCGUCAAAUCCCGUUUGGAAACAACCUCAACCUGAUUGAGCUGCUCAUUGAUGCACCCACUGUCAGCGAGUGGAACCUACAGGGCCUCCCCAAUGAUGAUCUGUCCAUUCAGAACGGAAUUAUUGUCACCAAGGCUGCCCGCUUCCCACUGCUUAUUGACCCCCAGACGCAGGGGAAAAUCUGGAUCAAGAACAAAGAGGCUAGAAAUGAGCUGCAGAUCACCUCACUGAACCACAAGUACUUCAAAAACCACCUGGAAGACAGUUUGUCCCUUGGACGUCCCCUUUUGAUCGAGGAUGUGGGGGAGGAGCUAGACCCUGCGCUUGACAACAUCCUGGAAAAGAAUUUCAUCAAAACUGGCUCCACUUACAAGGUGAAACUAGGUGACAAGGAGGUGGAUGUGAUGAAGGGCUUCAGGCUGUAUGUGACCACCAAGCUGCCAAACCCAGCGUACACCCCUGAGAUAAGUGCUCGUACCUCCAUCAUCGACUUCACCGUCACCAUGAGAGGACUGGAGGACCAGCUGCUGGGCAGAGUCAUACUGACAGAAAAACAGGAACUGGAGAAGGAGAGGACAGAUCUCUUGGAAGAUGUGACAUCCAACAAGAGGAAGAUGAAGCAACUAGAGGACAACCUCCUCUACCGACUAACCAGCACUCAGGGUUCACUGGUGGAUGAUGAGAGUCUGAUUAUUGUCCUUGGCAACACUAAGCGCACAGCUGAAGAGGUCACUCAGAAACUACAGAUCGCUGCAGAGACUGAGGUCCAGAUCAAUGCUGCUAGAGAAGAGUAUCGGCCUGUUGCAAACAGGGGCAGUAUCCUCUACUUCCUAAUCACAGAAAUGAGUAUGGUGAACGUCAUGUAUCAGACCUCUCUGAGGCAGUUCCUGGGACUUUUUGACCUCUCUCUGGCUAGGUCUUCCAAAAGCCCAAUAACGAGCAAGCGCAUCGGCAACAUCAUAGAGUUUAUGACCUUUGAGGUUUAUAAGUAUGCAGCACGAGGCCUCUACGAGGAGCACAAGUUCCUCUUCACUUUGCUGCUGACACUGAAGAUCGACAUGCAGAGCAACAGGGUCAAACACGAAGAGUUCCUGACACUCAUCAAAGGAGGUGCAUCUCUCGACCUCAAGGCCUGCCCUCAGAAACCAGCUAAAUGGAUCCUUGAUAUGACCUGGCUCAAUCUUGUCGAGCUCAGCAAACUGUGGCAGUUCUCUGAUAUACUUGGACAGAUAAGUCGUAAUGAGAAACAGUGGAAGGCAUGGUUUGAUAAGGAGGCCCCAGAGGAGGAGGUGAUCCCAAACUCCUAUGACCAGGCUCUGGACUGUUUCAGACGCCUGCUCCUCAUACGCUGCUGGUGUCCAGACAGGACAAUCGCACAGGCUCGUAAAUAUAUUAUGGAUGCAAUGGGCGAGAAAUACACUGAAGGGGUGGUUCUUGACUUGGAGAGGAUGUGGGAGGAAUCCGACCCUAGAACACCCCUCGUCUGCUUCCUGUCCAUGGGCUCUGAUCCGACCGACUCCAUCAUUGCGUUGGGGAAGAGGCUGAAAACUGAGACCCGUUAUGUUUCCAUGGGACAAGGACAAGAGGUCCACGCCCGCAAGCUCCUGCAGCAGACCAUGGCUAAUGGUGGCUGGGCCUUACUCCAGAACUGCCACCUGGGUCUGGACUUUAUGGACGAGCUCAUGGACACGGUGACAGAGACAGACUUUGUCCACGACAGCUUCCGUCUUUGGGUGACCACAGAGGUCCACAGACACUUCCCCAUCACCAUGCUGCAGAUGUCAAUCAAGUUCACAAACGAACCACCACAGGGUCUGAAGGCGGGGCUAAAGAGGACUUAUGGAGGUAUAAACCAGGACCUUCUUGAUGUCAGUAACAUGGUGCAGUGGAGGCCGAUGCUGUACGGAGUGGCGUUUCUCCACAGCACAGUACAGGAGAGGAGGAAGUACGGACCUCUGGGCUGGAACAUCCCCUAUGAGUUCAACCAGGCGGACUUCAACGCCACCGUCCAGUUUGUCCAGAACCACCUUGAUGACAUGGACAUUAAAAAGGGUGUGUCAUGGAACACAGUGUGUUACAUGAUCGGAGAGAUUCAGUACGGCGGCCGUGUGACUGACGACUAUGACAAGCGGCUUCUUAACACCUUUGCAAAAGUGUGGUUCAGUGAGGAGAUGUUUGGACCUUCCUUCAACUUCUACAAGGGUUACACCAUUCCCAAAUGCUCCAGUGUGGAUCACUAUUUGACCUACGUCCAGGGUCUGCCCGCUUACGACACUCCUGAGGUGUUUGGUCUGCACCCGAACGCAGACAUAACCUACCAGAGUACGCUGGCAAAGGACGUACUGGACACCAUCCUCAGUAUUCAGCCCAAAGACAGCUCAUCAGGGGGAGGAGAAACCAGAGAGGCUGUGGUGUCCAGGCUGGCUGACGACAUGCUAGAGAAACUGCCCCCAGACUACGUACCUUUUGAAGUGAGAGAGCGCCUCAAGAAGAUGGGUCCCUUCCAGCCCAUGAACAUCUUCCUGCGUCAGGAGAUCGAUCGGAUGCAGAGGGUCAUAGUUCUGGUCCGAAACACCUUGUCAGACCUCAAGUUGGCAAUCGAUGGCACAAUCAUCAUGAGUGAGAACCUGCGAGAUGCCCUGGACUGCAUGUAUGAUGCACGUAUUCCUGCACGCUGGAAGAAGGCAUCAUGGGCCUCCAGCACCCUGGGGUUCUGGUUCACAGAGUUGCUUGAGCGGAACCGGCAGUUCCAGGCUUGGAUCUUUGAAGGGCGGCCCAACUGCUUCUGGAUGACAGGCUUCUUCAACCCGCAGGGCUUCCUAACAGCCAUGAGACAGGAGAUCACUCGAGCAAACAAGGGCUGGGCUCUGGACCGCAUGGUGCUGUGUAACGACGUGACUCGAUGGAUGAAGGAUGACAUCACCCAGCCUCCCAUAGAGGGAGUGUAUGUUUAUGGCCUCUACCUGGAGGGGGCCGGUUGGGACCGCCGCAGCUGCAAACUCAUCGACUCAAAGCCUAAAGUCCUCUUUGAGAUGAUGCCUGUGAUCAGGAUGUAUGCUGAGAAUAAUGGUGUGAAGGACUCCCGCCUCUACUCCUGCCCCGUCUACAAGAAGCCAGUGAGGACUGACAUGAAUUACAUCGCAGCUGUAGACCUGAAGACGCCACUUUCUCCAGAACAUUGGAUCCUGCGGGGCGUGGCUCUCCUCUGUGACGUCAAGUGAUUGCCUCAGGCUCAUGAGCUGGGCCAUUAUUAAAUUGCUGACAGCCACUCACUAAUGUCUUUGAGUCAACAAGGACACACUGCUGGCAGAUUGUUUGUGAAAGAGUAGUAAGGUCAUGAACAAUGGGACAAAGCCUCUUUAAACAUCACUGCUGUUUGUCUCUUGUUCCAAAAUUUGAAAUUUGAUGAGAUCAUGUUGAAGGACAAAGGGGAUUAACAGUCCCGACCAACAGUGUAAUCCAGAUUAGAGUCAGAUAGUCAUUUGUGAAAUUAUCAUUGCAGGUAGAAUGGGAAAAACAUGAUUUACCAAAUUCAUAUCUCAUGUUCUUUUUUAUAAGGUCAAAUGAAAACAAUAUAUAUCUGUUAGUCUAUGGCUGAAGGUUGGCUUUACAUGUCUGAAUUCCUUAGACUAUUGUAUCGUUUCUCCAUUAACUGAGUUUCAUCUAAAGCCAAUUUAAAGCAGAUGUUAUUCUGAGAUCUGGAUCAGGAAGUGGAUAAGUAUAUAAAAGAAACUAAGAUGUUUUUCUUACAAUAAUACCAUAAUGUGACCUGGUUAAGAGCACACAACCCAUCAUGGUAUAUUUAUAUUCACAUGAAGUAGUUGGGUCAGUAUUUACAAUAUAUAAGAACUGCAACAUGGAACAGACGUGAAAAGCAGACAUGACAGGACACAAAAUGUGCUGCUUCAUUCAGUGAUUAAAGUUUGCUCAUAGAAGUCUAGACUGACUUCAUCUGUCCAUCUGCCCUCCAGGGGCAUCACCACGGCAAGCAUGUAGAACAGUUCAGAAGAUAAAACAUGUGAACAAGAGGACUUGACAGGAGCCAAGUCUGGAGUAUAUUCAUUUGCUUUGAUGAAACAUCCUCAUUUAGAUUAGUUUCUAUUGACGAUGAGAGCUUGAAUCCAGUGUGGGGAUAUCUUCACCAUCCUGUCAUUUUAAUACAGUGUGAGCUGGUCAAAGCUAAAUAAUUACACUAAUAAGAACUGAAAUACAUAGAAAUUUUAAUGAAGUUUUUACAAAAAACAAUGGCAUCAAAACAUCCAAACACUUUUUUGAUAGUAUUUUCUUUUGUUACAAAACCACCGUACCACACGCACUCUAAAGCUACCCUGUACACAGACCCGGCUCUGACUUCCCAACUUUCAAAUUUCCCCUUAAAUCAUCUUGAUCCCUUUGUUAUCCAGUCAUGUUAGACAAUCCUGUCUUUCACUUCCUCACGGCUCAGAUAUGAUCCACUCUGCCAAAUUCGACCUACGGCAUGAAGAAAAGAUGAUAAAAGUGCAAAGAUAGUUGUGGGAAACUUUGCCCUUUUAUGAAUAUCACAAUAUAUUCAUAGAUGAUUCUUUUUUAUGCUUCUUCUUCUCAGCCUGUAAAAUACAUCCAAGACUUCGUGCUUCUAGCAAAGUUGAUGGAGUUAUGUACACACACGUGUCAUUUCUUGUUAGCUGGCUGUUUUUUUUUCUUAAGGGCGGCUUCUCCUUUUCAACAGUGGUCACGCAGGUUUCCCUUUGUUGCAGGUGUCAUUUGCUUUCACUUUAGUAUCACAUCUGUUGACCGUUACAUCUUGAAUCACCCAAACUCUCCUGUAUCUAUGACACCGGCGUGUUAUGUUUUUAUUUUCACAGUUCACACUGAAAUUCUUGUUUUCUGGAUGCUCCUGAAGAACAUCUAUGCCACGCUCUCUCUUUACACUCAAAAUGAACUCUUUCUUGUAAAGUGACCAGAAUAAAGCUUGUUCUUUCUG